UGAACAGACCGGGGGCCACAUUUAGCUUCGCCGCCCCGGGCCCCCGACAGGCUUAGUCCGCCACUGGUUGCGAAUGAUGUCAGUAUUCUAUCCAGUAACAGCGUAUUUUCGCUGAUUUUUAUGCACUAUGGCACUUCUUUUAAAUACCGAUUUUUUCUUCUUAAAUAAUUUAAUAAUAGUAAUUAUUACAUUAUUAGGCCAACUAUCGGUAUAAAAUAUUAAUGAAACAAUAUUUUCGAAAACUUUUACUUGUUAGUGUAUUAUUAUGAUAAAGAGUCUUAUAAAUUAAAUUAAUUCUUAAAUAUACAAAAAAGUACAAAUGCGAUAAGAACUAUUCUAUAAACAAUGAGAAUAAACCGAACUCAUUAUCUUUUAUGUUAAGAGUAAAAAUUUAUUUCUUAAAAGAAACUGGCUUCUAAUUUUAGCAAAAUACAUUUAAUGUUCCAUAUUAUACGAUGUAUACCAGUCUUAAUCCCGAGCUAAAAAAUAGAUUAACAAGACUUGCAAGAUUAUUUUGCGUUACUCCAUUAUUUUCUGGAAUUAUUAUUGGUGUAUCUGUAACUUGUUUUCUAUUUUUACUCUUUCCACAAGUAAUUUACAACAACAAAUACUACGAUGAUUUUAGUCAUGGACUAGCGAAGAAUCAAGACUCAUAUUUAAACGAUGCUCAGACUGAUGUUGAUGUAAUUUAUCCAAUGUUAAAUAAAACAGUGGCCCAUACAUUAUAUGAAGAAGUUAAUGUUUUGUGCUGGGUUACGACAAGUCCGGAAAACCAUCAAAACAGAGCUAAACAUGUAAAAGCCACAUGGGGCCAAAGAUGCAACACUUUGAUUUUUAUAAGCACCAAAGAAGAUGAUGAUAUACCAACGGUUGCUUUGCCUGUAGAAGAGAAUAGAGACAAUUUGUGGGGUAAAACAAGAUUGGCUUUGCAAUACUUGUAUGAAAAUUAUUACGACCAAGCCGACUGGUUUUUAAAGACUGACGAUGAUACAUAUGUUAUUGUGGAAAAUUUGAGGUAUAUGCUUUAUACCCAGGAUCCCGAACUACCUGUAUAUUUAGGAUGUAAAUUUAAGCCUUUCAUUAACCAAGGAUAUAUGAGCGGAGGUGCGGGCUAUGUUCUUAGCAAAGCUGCGCUAAAAAAGUUUGCUACUGAAGCACUUCCAAAUAAGACAAUUUGCAAGGAAGAACCACUGGGCAAUGAAGACGUCGAGUUAGGAAGGUGUCUUGAAGCUAUUGAUGUCAAAGCUGCCAAUUCAAGAGAUUCAGGAGGGAGAAUGCGAUUCCUGCCGCUUAAUUUAAAAUAUUUUAUGAUCCCAGGUACUUUACCUAGUGAUACCUGGCUGUGGAAAUACUUAUAUUACCCGAUUGAAGAGGGUAUUAGUUGUUGCUCAGACGUAGCAAUAACCUUUCAUUAUGUUCGUAAAGAAGAGAUGUAUAUUUACGACUAUUUACUGUACCAUUUAAGGCCGUUUGGUAUAGGAUUUGAACCUAAACUUCCAGAGAAGUAUCAGGAUUUGCAUCAGACAGUUCAAUAAUUUUAAGUUAAUUUUAAAUUAUUAAUAAAAUAAAUGUAUCUAAUUGUAAAUAUAUGUAAAUUAUUAUUCAGAGAUACGUAUUUUGAUCAAAAGAACUUUAAUUUAAAUAAAAAAUGAAUAAAACGACUUGAAAAAUGGCAGAGACGUGGAUUCAUAGAGUAAAAAAUAAAAUUGUGACCCACUGUAUAGUUAAUAUUCUAGGUGGUAGUGCCCCAGUUGGCUUGGAAAUUAUUUUCCAUAUCAUUUUAUACAUAAAAUGAAAAGCGAUCUUAUUUCCAAGCCAUGCCUAGCUGUUAUUUUUUU